AACUUUUUACAUGAAAGUUCACUAGAAGUACAUGUUUGUUGUAUCUUCUUGGUGUUAGCUUUUCUAAUGUUUAAUUGUCAUUCUGCUGUGCUCUAUUCUAUAUGUGCUUUAAAUCUGUGUAGCUAAAGUAAUCCUAAAACUGAAUUAUUUGAACUUCUAGAUCUUCUGUGCCGAUGCAUAUUAACAGAGUUGUUAACUUGUUAUAUGAAAGUUCACUAGAAGCACAUGUUUGUGGUAUCCUCUUUGUGUUAGCUUUUUUAAUGGUUAAUUGUCAUUCUGAUGUGCUCUGCUCUAUAUGUGCUUUGAAUGCGUGUGCCGUGUAGCUAAAUUAAUCCUAAAACUGAAUUAUUUGAACUUCUAGACAAAUACAGCUAGAUGCUCAGGUAACCUACGAAGUUGUUUAAAUAACUGAACUAUCUCCAAUAUAAUACCAUCAUGAUGGUAAGGUUAGCUUGCUGAGUUUCUUAAAUAUGUUAACAGUUUCCCAGAUUGUCCUGUUUGUUUCUCAAAUUGUUUGUUCUGAUUUGCAGGCCUUUUCCUAUCUCUUGAUUUUCAGGAAGUCACAGGGAUAUAUACAAACAAUUUUGACUUGUAUUUGAAUACUAGAAUGGAUUUCCUGUGUUUGCCACUGUUAUUGAAGCAAAUUAUGUCACAAAGAAACAUGAUCUCUUUUCAGUUUACAAAUUAACUCAAGAGGACAAAGAAGAAAUAGAGGAGUUGGCAAAAGAUCCAAGAAUUGGAGAGAGGGUAUGCUGCUUUCCCCCUUUUUCAAUCAAGUUUACUCUGUAUUAUCUAUUGGCAAGUUGUUCCAUCUGAUGCAGGAGUUAGAGUACUAAUUUCUCUUGCUAUACUUUUAAAAACUUGUACUGGAAUUCAUAUUGUUAAAUCCAUUGCCCCAUUAAUGUUAGGUCAUGAGACGUUUUGGGGGCCAAGAUAAAAAUGUUGAAGGGGAACAUUGGCUGUGAGGAGACAUUACUGUACUUCUCUAAGGUGAUCUAGGGACAACCAAGUCAAAAUUUCAGUAUGUUGAGGAAACAAGGCAGCAAGCUGUUUAUACCACUGGAAAAGGAGCAUCUUCAGUGGGGCUUGCAAAAGCAGUGCACAAGGACCCAGUCACUCGUGAGUGGACACUUGAAUGGGGGUGGGGCACAGCCAUGGAGCAGCAGAGUAUACGUAUAUCAAAUGAUAUACUGGGAUCAUCAUUCUCUUCAGGCACGCUUUUCCGUCAUUUGGAAAUCCUAUUGGAGGAAGGUAUGUGGGUUUUAUUUUUGGUGUAUAAAUCAUAUCCAAGCAAGGAGAAAAGAGAUAUGAAGUAUAUCAGCACUAUAAGUUUCAUUAAUCUAACUCAGUUGAAGCUCCUGUGCAUUUCAGUAGUCUGUAUAAUUCCUACUUAUUUUGAAAAAACAUGGCUGAUGAAACGACAAUGCGUGGCCAUACAGAUGAUCAUCAUGAGACAAGUGUUGAUGACGGCGAGACAUUGGCAGCAGGAAACAAUACCACUACCAGACUCACAGAUGAUCAUCAUGAGAUAAGUGUUGAUGAUGACGAGACAUUGGCAGCAGGAAACAAUACCACUACCAGACUCACAGGUAGAAAGGUUUCCUGGUCGAAACUGCGUCGUGUUGACUCUCUGAGGUUGGAAGCUGGAAGAGUUUCUUUCGCUCCCAGCCAUCACCGUGCUUCCUCUAGGGAUAACUGGCAGAGAACGCUGCAUUUAGCAUUUCAGUGCAUCGGGGUGAUAUUCGGCGACAUCGGGACUUCCCCGUUGUAUGUUUACAGCAGCACGUUUACAAAAAUCGACAACAUAAAUGACAUCCUUGGGGUUCUGUCCCUCGUCAUCUACACCAUAAUCCUCGUACCUCUGCUCAAGUAUGUCUGCAUCAUCUUGUGGGCAAAUGACAACGGCGAUGGUGGAACGUUUGCGCUGUAUUCGCUGAUGUGUCGGCAUACGAAGGUGAGCUUGAGGCCGAACGAGGAGCCGGAGGAUAGAGAGCUGUCGAACUACCGGCUGGAGACGCCAUCGAAUCAGCUGAGACGGGCGCAGAAGAUAAAGCAGAAGCUGGAGUCGAGUAUGGUUGCCAAAACUGUGUUGUUCAUAAUCACCAUCCUCGCAACUUCCAUGGUUAUCGGCGAUGGAGUUCUCACUCCUUGCGUCUCAGUUCUUUCUGCUGUGAGUGGGGUCAAAAGCCUUGGUGAAGGUGCUGUGAUGUGGAUUUCAAUUGCAAUACUGGUGCUGCUCUUUAGUGUGCAGCAAUUUGGGACAGAUAAAGUGGGAUAUGCAUUUGCGCCGGCGUUGUGUCUGUGGUUUUCGUUCAUAACUGGGAUAGGUCUGUACAAUCUUUUCAAGCAUGACAUCACGGUCUUGCGUGCUUUCAAUCCCAAGUAUAUAGUUGACUACUUCCGCAGAAAUGGUAAAGAUGGGUGGGUUUCACUUGGCGGAAUUGUCCUGUGCAUUACUGGGACGGAAGCCAUGUUUGCUGACUUGGGCCACUUUAAUGUUCGAGCUGUUCAGAUUAGUUUCUCGGGAGUGGUUCUUCCUGCAGUGCUGACUGCAUAUUGUGGCCAAGCUGCAUACCUCACCAAGUACCCUGACCACGUCGCCAAUACAUUUUAUGACUCAAUCCCUGAUCCGCUGUACUGGCCGAUGUUUGCUAUUGCUGUGGUGGCUGCCAUCAUAGCCAGCCAAGCUUUGAUAUCUGGAGCAUUUGCCAUCAUCUCACAAUCUCUAAGCUUAGGGUGUUUCCCAAGAGUGAAGGUGAUUCACACUUCUAGUAAGUAUGAAGGUCAAGUCUACAUUCCAGAGGUCAAUUGGAUCCUCAUGACCUUGUGCGUCGUCGUCACUUACAGCUUCAAAACUACAACACAGAUCAACAAUGCUUAUGGGAUUGCUGUGAUGAAUGUGAUGAUGAUCACCACCUGCAUGGUGAGUCUAAUAAUGCUGGUGAUAUGGAAGACAAACAUCUGGCUGGUUGCAUUGUUUUUCGGGGCCUUCAUCACCAUUGAAGGCAUAUAUGUUUCGGCUGUUCUGUACAAAUUCACGCAGGGUGGAUACCUCCCGUUGCUGUUUGCCUUGGUUUUGAUGCUCAUCAUGCUGGUAUGGCACUACGUGUACAAGGAACGCUACUUGUUCGAGCGUAACAAGGUUUCCAGCGAGUACGUGACAGAUUUAGCCCAGAAUCCCGAUGUGAAAAGAGUGCCAGGAAUCAUGCUUCUGUACUCGGAGCUGGUUGAAGGAAUUCCGCUGAUUUUCCCGCACUAUGUCUCCAACGUACGAUCACUCCACUCUGUCGUUGUCCUGGUUUCGAUAAAGUAUCUCCCCGUCAGUAAAUUGGUGCCAGAGGAACGGUUCCUGUUCAGGCAGGUUGGGCCCAGGGAGUACCGCAUUUUCCGCUGCGUGGUUCGCUAUGGCUACAAUGACAAAAUCGGGGAGCCAACGGAGUUCGAGGGGCAGCUGGUGGAUCACCUCAUGGAUUUCAUCCGGCAAGAGCAUUUCAUCACUGGCAGCCCGUUGGAACAACCUUUGCCGCACAGGGAAUUGACCUUGUCUACCGAACAGGUCGAUGAAAGUCUACAAAACACGUCAGCUCGUUUAUCCUCGGCCUCAAUUCAUACAGUUUCCUCCACCCGGACCCACGAGGCAGUCACGGGUUGGGAAGAAGACGCGCAGUUUGUGCAGCGUGCGAAGGAGCAGGGCGGCGUGUUCUACCUGUUGGGAGAAGCAACAGUGCGGGCAAAACAUGACUCUUGUUUUUUCAAGAAGGUCGUGGUUAACUAUGUCUACAGUUUCCUGCGCAAGAAUUUCAGGCAGGAGGAGAAUGUUUUUGCAGUUCCUCAGGAUCGACAUUUGAGAGUAGGCAUGACCUACGAAAUAUGAUGCUGUGUUGCUGAUGAAGUUGUUUGGUCCUCAUCCCUCCAGGAGACUUUGCUUUGUACUUCUGUCAUAGAAACUCUCUUUUCUUAGUUGAUUAGAAUGUCUGUCAUAGAAACACUGUUUUCUUAGUUGAUUAGAUUGUCUGGUACCAGUUUAUGUAGUUUUGAUGCAUUUGCUUUAA